GUCAUUUUAUUACAUGGCUGAGCACCCCCUGUCGUGCGCGGACCAGGUACACUACUUCGGCCGGAUACCACAGUACGUCAUUAAUUUGAUUUCCCCGGGGCCGUACACAGGGUGUUCUUCCAGGAUCACACGGACCUCGCUCAACCACAACGCACUCAACGUCUUUAAACGCGCGCUUGCUCGACUACAAGGGAGCUAACAUGGACGAAGACCUGCUCAACGGAUCACAACUUAAAGACCUCACCUAUCCCGUACCUCGGAUCGACGACUUCUUACUGGACGACAAUCUCCCGGCCCCGAGAGGGAAAAUUCCCGCCGACAAUGCACCUCUUCACAUUAUCGAAGCUCCUAAAUUCGAGCUUGGAGUUCUUGAUACUCUUCCUCUCGAGCUGCUUCAAAUUUCAUUUUCAAUGCUCGACCUAUCCAGUCUUGCGGCACUUCGAUGCGUAAACCGACGGGCCGUAGAGGUUGUCGAAUCGAUUCCCCAAUAUAAGGCCAUCAUAGCUCACGCACCCAAGGUCCUUCGGGCUGCUAGUUGUAUUGGAACGGGUCGAUGGAUUUCCUGUGAUACGUUGUACGAGAAGUUAUGCACAGCUAACUGUGAAGAGUGUGGAGAUUUUGGCGGCUAUCUCUACAUUCUCACCUGCAAGCGUGUUUGCUUCCUCUGCAUCUCUCAGAACAAAAAGUACCUACCACUGCGGCGUAGCCAUGCCAUCAGGAAAUUCGGACUCAACCGUCAAAUCGUCGACACCUUGCGUUGCAUGAGGAGCCUACCUGGGACUUAUUCGCCGAACGAAAGGAGAUGUUCCGAGCGGAUUGUGCUGGUCGACCGCGAGUCUGCCUGUCGGGCAGGUACUACUCUUCAUGGGUCGUUCAGCGCCAUGGAGCAAUAUGUGUCGGAUACGUCAGCUGCUAAACUCGAAGAGUUCAACAAGAGAAUUCAAGAUGAUAUAUCGCAGAAGGCUGCCGUGGGGUCAAAAACUCCUCGCAGGCGUCGGCCGCAAACAGAGGAUCCUUUUGAUGGUCUUUCUGGAAAUCCGCUGCGCUUCAUGGCAAUUGUUCGUGUGCCCUGGCUCAAUAAGGUCAGCUCAGAAGCGGAGUGGGGAUUUCAUUGCAUUGGGUGUGCCCAAUACGCCAUCAGUCGACCGUUGCAUUUCAGGAGGAAGUUCACAGCGGCAUCCUUCACCGAGCAUCUGAGGGAGUGUGAUUCAUUCGUAACAGGAAUCAUCACAAGGAAUGACUUUCAAAAUUGAUUACCUCCAUUGAAGUGGGCGGAGAUCCAUGAGGUUUGUUCUCCGGAAGACUCUAGAGAGCGAAGCUUGGCAGACAAUGCCCAAAAAUCGACAUGCAUGGCUGACACCACCAGCACCGAUAUUGACACAGUCACCGCCACUCCUUUCCACACUUCGACUCCCACUCCUACGCUUUCCGUCGUGGCUCGAUC